GGAAGUCUGGCGGAAGUGACGCAACUUAGGGGCGGAAGGGGUGCUGGACGCUGCUUCCUGCUCGGGCCGGGGGCGCGGCCGGCUGACGGCAGAAAUCAGGCUUUCUUAUGGAUGGAAGAAACACAGCUUAGACUGGGCUCAAUUAAAAGGAGUUAGAGCUUAUAGAAGGUUACAUCUGAGUUGGAGCUGAUGCAAGGGGGUGUAAUGGCUACAGUGGCCCAGAAGCACUUUCUGGAAGGGCAGACAUAUUCAGUCCCCCUGAUCCAACCAGACUUGCGCAGGGAGGAGGCUGUUCAGCAGGUGGCAGAUGCCCUUCAGUAUCUGCAAAAGGUUUCAGCUGAUAUCUUCAACAGGAUCUCUCAGCGGGUGGAGGCCAGCCGGACGCAGCUUCAGACAAUCAGUGAGAGAGUCACGCUCGCCCAAGCAAAGAUUGAGAAGAUAAAGGGCAGCAAGAAGGCUAUUAAGGUAUUUUCCAGUGCUAAGUAUCCUGCCCCUGACCGAUUGCAGGAGUACAGCUCAAUUUUUGCUGGCGCAGAGGACCCAGCUAAACAGAAAUGGCCAAGACACAAGAUUCAGGGCAAACACCGAAUGCUGGAUGAGAAAUCCCUGCAGGAGAAACUCAAGUACUUCCCUGUGUGCGUGAGCACCAAAAUUCACCAGGAGGAUGAUGCAGAAGAAGGUCUUGGCAGCCUCCCCAGGAACAUCAGCUCCCUCAGCUCCCUGCUGCUCUUCAACACUACAGAGAACCUGUGA